UACGUGCGGACGUACCUGAUGCGCCCCCUGAGCGGUCGUCGAGCAGAGGGGGCCAGGCCUGUGGCCUCGGCGGCUGGGGCCGGAGCGGGAGCAGAGGCUGGAUCUUCGAGGAGGGCCCGGGUCCGUGGUAGGGGCGGAGUGCGGGGAGGACGAGGAGCUGGCUGGCCUGCCCUGCCUGCUGUACUGACUUUCCAGGGGCAGGGUGGGUCGACCUAUCAGAUCCCCUUCGCCCCUCCACCGGCUGGGCACGAGUUCAUUGACGUCCCCGACUUACUGCCGGCCUCUUCUGAGUACACCCGUCAGUCGUUGGCGAUGAAUGCCUCGAUGAUGGGGAUGCUCCAGCGGACAUUUGACCUCCUAUCCGUCUAUAGCAUACCGGAUCAUAACUGCUCUUUCCCGCCCCCUAGGCUGGUUUUUCCAUGUCCAACAGCACAUUGUAUUCCACUUUCCGCAUCUACCACCAUCAUGACUGGACCGUCCUUUGCGGAGAAUCCAUCAGGGUUACUCUACGAGCUUCUCCCGGCGAGAUCUACUCCUUCUGAUUCGGCCUUGAUGCUUCUUGAUAGAAGGCUACCUCAAAACUGGCCACACGGGCCUUUCAUGGCGUUUGUCCGUUGA